AUGCAGUGUGUUUCGUGCUUAAAACCUGUGACACAAAAUGAACUUCUAACUUGUACGGCCUGUAAAUUGCACCUACACUAUAGGUGUGCUAAUUACACUUCAGCUGACUUUCGAGAACAUAAAGACUCCCUGAAAAAAUCUUUUAUGUGUGGUAGCUGUACACAAAUAACAAGAAGAUACCGAAACGAUAAUACUCCAAUAUCAAAAGCACAACCUUCGAAAAUGUUAAAGAGUCCGGGACCUCAAUUAGAUAUAGAAAAGAGUCCAAACCAUACUCCGAAACAACUGACAUACGAGGAAGUCAGUAACUUGUUGGACACUAAACUUAAAGAUGAAAUUCCAAAAAUUUUAACCUCUUUAAUUACGUCCCAGAAAAAGGAACUUGAGGAUAUUAAAGUUAAUUUUAAAGAAAUUCAGCAAAGCAACUCCAACAUUGAAAAUAAUAUUGCCCUCUUAACAACACAAAACGAGGAAUUACGUAGAAAGCUUUAA